CGUCUGGCCGGUCGUUUGGACUAACCUACAAAACUGUCGAGGAAAGAAGAAAGGGGGAGAGACAGUGAGAGAGAAAGAAGGAGAGUGCAUGAGAGAGGGAGACAGAGUAGCCGGCGUGCGUUUCUCGUGUUUUCCGGUCUCGCGGUGACUCGCGUCCUAUCAAUCGUGGGUGCUGUUACCGCGUCAAAGCCGGUCUUGACUGGCAACUCGUCGUUGCUGUCAUCACGGCGUUCCUUUCUUUCGUUCCUCCGUUUGCGGAGGCAACGCUAGUCGAAUACCAGCAUAACAGUCCCUUUGUCUCGAACGCUCGGCAGUUGGCUGGUGUGUGGUUUCGCGAAGAUUAGCCGGUCGUGGUUGUUUUGGCGGUACCGAGAACGAACUCGUACGAUCGUGCAUAGCGUGGUUAUAUUAUAUUUGUAUCGUCACGACCUUGAACUUGUGUGCCUACAUCAAGUCGUGUGCUUGUGUGUGUUUCGUUUAACUUGUGACAUCGAAACAUAGUGCAAAAAAGAAGGUAGAAGAAAAGGAACUAAGGAGAUACUGGUUGAGAACCAAACGACGAGGAUCCUGGAAGUGACCGCGUCCAAGAAUGUUUCCUUACACGACUUUUCCGGCAGUAGGGCUUUCCACGACUCUUCUCGGAGAAGAGGAUCAGAGGAAAGAGGGGAAAAUGAGUUAGAGAGACAAAGGCGCAGAGCAACAACGAGCCGGGCUACACACGAGACCGAGCACGAGCCUUUUCACCCGAGAACCCCUGUUCCGUCUCUCUUUUUUUCAAGGAUGCAGGUACGAAUCCUGGUCGCCGGUCCUGGUGAACCGACGUUGGACCACCAGGUGCGAGCACGAACAACGGAGCGACGGUGACCGGGACCCGGUAUAUUGUCUCUCCGCCGGCAUGGAGGCGGCGAACGGUGCGAUCGAGCACGACUUUCACAAUGCUCUGGUGCCUAUAAACGGUAGCCAUUCCGGCAGCUCCGGGAGGAGUACACCGAAUGGCGGCGACCCAGCACCCGGCAAACUCUUCGUGGGUGGGUUGUCCUGGCAGACCAGUAGCGAGAAACUCAGGGAGUACUUCGGCAUGUUCGGUACCGUCACCGAUGUCCUGAUCAUGAAGGAUCCGGUUACACAGCGUAGUCGCGGCUUCGGUUUCAUCACAUUCGCCGAGCCCGGUAGCGUGGACAAGGUGCUGAAGUGUCCAAUCCAUACGUUGGACGGGAAGAAGAUCGACCCUAAGCACGCGACGCCAAAGAAUCGCGCGAAACAGGCGAAUCGGACGAAGAAGAUCUUCGUAGGUGGCGUGAGCCAGGACACGAGCAGCGACGAAGUGAAGGCCUACUUCAACCAAUUCGGCAAGGUGGAGGAGACGGUGAUGCUGAUGGACCAACAGACGAAACGGCACCGCGGCUUCGGAUUCGUCACGUUCGAGAACGAGGACGUGGUCGAUCGCGUGUGCGAGAUCCACUUCCACACCAUCAAGAACAAGAAGGUCGAGUGCAAGAAGGCCCAGCCGAAGGAGGCCGUCCAACCGGGCGCGUUGACCCUCGGCAAGAGGGUGGUGUUGGGGGCGCUUGGGGUCAGGCUGGCGCCACAGCCCCCCCUACCGGUCGCCGCGGCCUCGCAGAUCGUCGCUGCCCAGGCCCAGGCCCAAGUUCAAGCGGCCGCGGCCGCGGCCGCGGCCGCCCAGGUCCAGAACGCCGUCGCCGGAUACGGCAAACUGUUCGCCAGCAGUUACCCGGCCCUCUCCGCGUACCGUUACGCCCCCUAUCCGAUCCCGGCGGCGGCGGUCGCCGCGGCCGCGGCCGCGGCAGCCCCGGCCCCCGCUCCGGCCCCGCCUGCGGCCGCCGCCGCCGCCGCCGCCGCGGCGGCCGCCACCCCCGCGGCAGCGGCCGCGGCCGCUGCAGCGCCCGCCAACCCCUACCAAGGCUACUCGCUCACCAACGUCGACAUGUCCAGCUUCCAGGGCGUCGACUGGGGCUCAAUGUACGGAAUGGGCAUGUACGUUUAA